AGGUGAAGCAGAUGGACAUCGUAACCGCUUUUCUGUACGGCAUUGUGGAAGAGGAGGUGUACAUGGUUCAACCACCUGGCUAUGAGGAUGGAACCGGUCGUGUCUGCAAACUUAACAAGGCCAUCUAUGGCUUGAAGCAGGCCCCGAGAUGCUGGUACAACAGGCUGGCCAGUGCACUGGAAGGGAUUGGAUUCCGUGCGAGUGCAUGCGACGAGAGCCUGUUCCUGAUGGGAGAGGGGGAGUCACUUGUGCUUCUGCUGGUGUACGUGGAUGACAUCCUGCUCUUCAGCAGCAGUGACAAGGAGAUCGAUGGGGUGCAGCGGAAGCUCACAGAGCAGUUCAAGUGCAAGUCACUUAGAGAGGCAAGGUACUACCUGGGAAUGCAUAUUGAGCGGGAUACUGAACGUGGCUGGCUCAAACUGCAUCAGGGACAGUACAUCAACACCUUGGCUGAGAAGUACUCUCUGCAGGAAGAACGGGAAGUGGUCACACCUUUGCCUUCCGAGUUCAAACUCAUAAAGGCAGCUGAAGGAGAAGGAGUUGAGAGUGAAGACCAGAGGCAAUUCCAAUCCAUGGUCGGGAACCUACUCUACGCUGCUGUGCAUACUCGGCCUGACAGCAGCUUUGCUGUGGGACAGCUGGCUCGAGUAGUGCAAAAUCCAACAGAAGAGCAGUGUGGUGCAGCGAAGAGAGUGGUGCGCUACCUCAAGUCAUACCCUACAGUGGGAGUACAGUAUUCAGCCUCUGCUCAACUCAGUCAAAAAAGAAUUGAAGUCCUCAAAGAGAAGGGGGAGCAGCUCGGAGAAGGAAAGGUGUUCCUUUCCUGUUUUGCUGAUGCCACGUGGGCUUCUGAGCAUGAGGAUUCAUCAUCAGUUGGUGGAUACAUCUGCAUGGUGGGAGGUGGGCCUGCUGGCUGAACCUGAGGAUGGGGAGUCAAAACUUUGACUCUUGUCAUGUUCUUGACCAUGGGCCUCCAGGGUCCUUCCCUUUCAUCCUUCACUUCCUACCCCACCUUCCAACUGUGCUUCCAAUGCCUUUUCCAUCAUGCCUCUGAACUUGUAAGCUUCAAUCAUA